AUGAAAACUGCAAUCAACAAAAAAUGCAAAUACCUAACUGUUUUCAUCAGAAUCAAUUUGUUCAGUGAUUCUGCACCCAAUUUUGUCACAGCAAACAUUCAACAAAAGUUAAAGCUUUCUGAAACUUGCGACUUCAACUUGGAUUUAGAAAAUUAUGUGAGCGACAAGGUUCAGAGUGAAUAA